ACCUGAGCUGAAGUCAGUCGCUCAUAGGACUGAGCCACCCAGGUGCCCCUAAAUGAUACUUUUCAAAGCAAGACUUCUAGGAAUAAGAUCUUUAAUAUUUGCAUAUAUCUUAAUGAGAUCAGUUGUUUAAAGAGGCAAAAUGAAGAAUUGUUUGGAUGCAGAAAUGUUGACCUCAAGAAUUUGUAGGUAAAACAAACACUUCUGCUACAGUGACACUCAGAAUCUGAAGCGUUCAUUUCUUAAGGCCUUUGUUUUUAGUAGCCAUUUAUAGAGUAAUAAACCUACAUUAAGUUAACUUUUUAUGCCAAAUAUUUUUAAUGGCAUAUUUAUUUCUUAAAAAUCAUACCAAGAGUUUCAAGUAUCAAAUUCAAAUCUUUUAUCAGGAGCCCAAAUGAAUGAAUAUUCAAUACUUUUUACCUGUGGUUAUCAUUUCUUCUUUCAUAUUUCAGACUCCUUCCUCUAUAUCCUAAUGAGCCAGCAGGUGCUAGGUUUCUGUCUCCUUAGGGUUCAGAAGUUUACUUGAAACAAGUGGCAAGUGUUCCACCUAAAUAAAAGGUACAGAUUUUAAUCAGAUUGCCAGUGACCUUGGUUUCUGGAAGUAGAGAAAAGGUUAUUGUUGCUGUUUACAUUUUAAUUUCUUAACAUUCAACUGAAACUGAUUAUUCAGACAGGAUUUUAUUUUUUCCAAGAAUUCUGUAACAUUUAUGUUAUAUGUUAAUAUCUGUUUCAAGGAUUAUUGCAGUAACUUAAAUUUGAUCCUUUAAGGAAAUUUUCCAAGUGCCAUUUUUAAGUAUUGAAAAUUUUAUGUUGAGAACGUUUUUUUGUUUAACUCUUUUUUAAAUCUUGAGGGUGACAUUUCUUUGUGAUACUCUCAGGUAAAUGUGUAUGGCAGAACUUUAAGAAAUGUUUGUACACUCAAACCAUUGUAAGUUAGGGAAGGCUUUUUAUAAGAAAAAGUACAAAUUUCAUUGCUUUACCUGUAUCAGUUCAGUGAAGUUUGCAGACGUUUAUAUCACCCCAAAAGUUAUAAAGUCUGGCAGCAUUCUUAUCCUUUGGUAUUUAAUUCACUGGUUCUCAACCUUUGCUAACAACCAGCAGCAUUUUUGAAACUUUUAAAAAUACAGGUCUUUAGAUCCACCUGUUCUAUUAAAAAAAGGAAAACUUAACACAAAGCUAAGAUUGAGAAACAUUGGUUAAUAGGCUGCUAGAGGAGAAAAACAUGGGGAAAAAUUUUUGAUUUACUUUGAAUGUAAUAAAAGAGAUAGAUAUAAAGAGGGAUUAAUUGAUUCAGAAAGGCAGCCUAACCUAAUGAAAACACUGGCUUUAAUGUUAGAGUCCUACUUUCCGUACUUUGAAACCUUGAGCAGAUUAUUUGACCUCUCUGAGCCUGUUUUCUCCUGUGUAAAAUGGAUGGUUGAGGUUAAAUUAGUGUAUGAAUAGCACCUCUCAUAGUACCUAUGACAUCAUAACUUGAUAAGUAUUGAUGAUCUCGCUUCACAGGAAACUUCAUGCCUGAAUGGGUUUUGAAGGUGUAGUAAAUGAGUUCUCUAAGCAAGUAAGAAUAGGAAAUUAGAAGAAAUGACUUGUGACAUAGUGCCAGUGGAGGAACCAGGGGGGUAGUUUUGUCUAGAUGGAGUAAAGAGAUAGUAUCUUAGCCAUGGAUAAGAUAGGAAUAUCAAGUGGACUGUAGUAAUCUUGGCCAAAAAUAAUGAGACCCUGAAAUGAGACCCUAUAGGUCACAGGAUGUUAAAUAUAUCGAAGAUUUAAUUUGUGGGAGGGGGAAUGGCAAAGUAGGGGGCAGUCAGGGCUAUCACUCAGAUUUCAGGACUUAGAAUUCAGAACGUUGUAUAGGAACAAGUAGUUUCUGUUCUUGAAGUACAGGUUGAUUUCAGUUUGGAAUUGGAGAAUAUGAGAUAUCUUUGGGACAGUCAAAUAAAGAUAUUCAGAAAGGCAUUUGGGUACAUAGAUCCAGAGGUUGCGCAGCCCAUAGAUAGGGGUUUCAGCAUUAUGAACAUAUAUUAAAAAAAAAAAAAAAAUUGGAUGAGAUCUCUCUCUGGGAUAAGGAAAUAUGGGAAACACUGAAAUUUAAGAGGCAAGCAGAAGGCAGAUCUGUUGGAGGAGAAAGGAUAUCAUAGGCAAGAGGGAAAUCCAGAGAAAAUGCCUUUCAGAAACUUUUUUCACUUAAAAAUGUGUUUUAGGCACCUUUUCCUAUUAGUAAUGUAGCCUUAUCUUUUUUUUUAUGGCUAUACUUUUUAUUUACCCUAUUCCUCAUUGAUAAAUAUUUAAGUUACUUUCAGUUGCUUUUUAAAACAAUGCAGGAAUUAACAUUUGUAUGGAAUGAUCUUUGUGUACUUACAUGAAUGCUUCUGUAGGAUACAUUCUCGUGGAUGAAAUUAUUUAGUCCAAAAAAUGUGCAUUAAAAUUUGUGGUGUAUUGUAGAGUUGCCUGGAGUAUAAACCAACAUGUACUCUGACCAAUAGUAUCUUUAAUUUUAUCCUUAAAGUGGCUUGCUUCCUAGAUUGAGGGUAUUAUGAAUUUGAAAAAUAGUAUUUUUUUAUUUAAUGCAAAAUUCUGCGAAUAGGAAAGGAACACUUUCAUUUUAUCAAAUUAUGUGGUUCAUUCAAAUAAUGUAAAAUGGGUUAUUUCUAUCAAACUCAUCAGAGGAGAAUUGAUGUCUUAAAUAUGCAGAAUAGAAAUACUGCAGAAGUUUUAAGUCACCUUAAAUUAUAUUGCUUACAUGCUCCAACGAUAAAAAAAACUUCAGAUUUCAAAUUUUUUUUUGUUACUUGACAUCGUUCAUAACGUCUGUAUGGAAGGACUUAGCUUUUCCUAACCCCAGUGGUACUAAUAGUAUUUAGGGGAAAUUGUUGGUUUUGGUCAUUCUCUCUAAACUCUUCAGUGUCCGUUUUGGGUGUUUUUGGGUUUUUUUGUUUUUACUUAAAGUUAUGACCUAUUUCUGGUUUAUAAAUUUAGGUUUGUAAAAUCAAGUUAGGGAAUCAUGACCAGCUUUUACGAUAAAAUGGAAUAGAACUAAAAAUAUCAAGAGUACCCAGAGAGUAAGGGGAAGGUACUGUUUGGUGAAGUUUGUUUUUGGUUUUGGUUUUUUUUCCCUUAAUGUGUAUGUGUUGGGUCAUCAUGCAAAAUGUAUUGCUUUUGUGGGUUAUGUGAGGGAAAGUUUAAAAUUCUGCUUUAUAGGACAGGCUUAUUCUCAAAUCAUUUCUAACCAAAAUAAUAAUUUUUUUUUUUUUAAUUUUUACCCUUUAGCCUUUCUACCUUUAAUGAGAAAGUAAAACUUUAAACCAAGAAACAACACCAUUAAAAGGUCAACUACCUAGAAUUUGUUUGCUAUGGGAAUUCCUCCCAUAGUUUCCAUGAAGGUUAUCAGUACAGGUAGACCUACUUGUGGCAUUACCUGUGUAUAUUACACACAUGUACACUCUUGAGCACUGUUUUGGAACGUGUUUAUAUUUGGUUUUUCACAUAUGUACCUUCUGUUUUAUAAUAAUUCCCCCCAAGGAUGUCAUUAUGUUAUCUGUGGAUGAUAUGACUAUUUUUAAGCCUGGUUCAUUGUCUGGUUUCCUUCUGUUGCCUCACACAUUUCUAGGUUAUCUUCUCAAUUGAUAGGUGGUCAGAGGAAAAUUUAAAGGAACAAAUAGCGCUUAGCAAAGACAAUUUGUAAGGUAAAUGUGCUGUUACAUAGGUCAUAUUUUAAGGCCAAAUUUGUGAGUUAUAGAUUAUCUAGGAUGCUGUCUGCAUCCUUUCUCAUUAGCUCAGAUAAUUGAAUUCUAACUGCAUUUGGUUGCAGCUUUAGACCUUUUACUAGGUGCUUUUUCUCUCUAAAAGGUGAGUUCUCAUGGUAGGCAUUUAUAACAUAGUAACACUGUCAGGAAGGGCAGCUGCCAAGAGCCUGCCGAGAUCUACAUAUUUUAGUUACAGACUAGGGGUCUUUCGUUUUGGAAAUCCACAAAGUAGGUUUCCAUGGGGCUCUUUUGUUUUCAGAAUACCAUGGGAUCUUGGUUUAAUUCAUCAGUCUUGACCGGAAUUUAAAUCUAAAGCUUUAUAGCAAGAAAUUUCUUUCAAAACAUGUCAGCUAUUCAUGUCAGUUGAUUGCAAAUCUGCGGGAAAUUUUACAUGAAGUACUAAAGAAAGUUGCUAGGAGUGGAGAACAAGAGCAGGGGAAGUUAGUUGGGCCAUCCAGAAUCACGUCACACUCUGGAGAUCCUGGCUGAUGCCUCCACUUACGGUGAGAAACUCUUCAAAUCAAAGCAGAUAGUGAUACUAGCUGGUCUGUUAAAAACCGUGAACAAAUUUUUGUACUUGAGCUGUUUUGUUUCGCUUAGCUUGUAUAAGUGCUCCCCCUUUCAACUUUUUUUUCAGACAGGUUCACAGAGGAUUGGAUUUGUUUUCUUUUGCAUGUGCUACAUUUCAGGCCCGCCUUUCUCAGAUCACGCUUACUUACCUUGACUGAACUCAGAUGUUUCCUAACUGACUUGGUGGAACAUCACAGCUAGGGUUAUAGAAACCUAGUGGGAGGUGGAGGGGCAAACAGUUCGAGAGUGGUCAGGGGAAUACAUGCCCCAGCAAGAACAAUAACCAUGUAUUCAGUUCCUCCCAUGCGGCAGGCCCUGAGCAUGCAGUGGUCAACAACGGAGGCCUGUGCCUGCACAACAUUUCCAGUCUUUUGAGCUCAAGUAAAGUACCUCUUGCAAGAGCAGUUUCAGUGGAGUGGUAGGAUGGAAGCCAGAUUGUGCUGGCUUGAGGAGUGAGUGGGAGGUUAGGAAGUAGAGAUAGCAAAUAGAUAUGGCCCUUUGAAGAAGUUUGGUGAGGAGGAGGAAAGCUAGGAGGAUACUGAAGGGAAGAGUUUUGUUUUGCUCCGAUUUGAGGGUUGGAAGACUCUUGAACACUUACAGGCUGAUGAGAAAGCAUCAGUAGUAGUGGAGAAAUUCAAAGGGUCCCCUGAGCGAGCAAUUCAGAAAGAGAACAGAAGGUCCAGGGGUUAUCUGUAGACACUAUUGUAAGUGUAAGCAAGAUUUUAGUGAAAGGAAAUGAAACUGAAGUAGUUCCUGCUUUUAGAUUCUGUUUUCAUUGUAAAGUUUCUGAGAUAUUAGGGUGGCAAAUUAGAGUGGCUCAUUUAUUCUGCAACUGUGUAAUAAGAGCAAAGAGUACUAGGGAAAAAACUGUUUCCAAGGGCUAAUGCAUCUAUCCUCAUUGCUGCUUCUGUUUUGUUGUCUUUGUUACCAACAGUUAUCCAUAUCAUUUAUUCUGUUUCAAGUUGAAGUACCUUUUUGGGAAUAACAGUAAUCUCUCAAAUAUGGCCAGUUGAUAUGAGUUAAAGGUGCAAAUUAAUUAUUUGAAAGCAAUUGAACAAUGGAGCCAGACAUCAUUCGAAUGUACUCUUCAUCCCCACCACCACUAGACAAUGGAGCCGAGGAUGAUGAUGAUGAUGAAUUUGGGGAAUUUGGUGGGUUUUCAGAAGUUAGCCCUUCUGGUGUAGGAUUUGUUGACUUUGAUACACCAGAUUAUACUCGUCCCAAGGAAGAGUUUGUACCUUCAAACCAUUUUAUGCCAAUUCAUGAUUUCUCAGAAAAUGUAGAUAGCCUUACUAGCUUUAAAUCCAUUAAGAAUGGUAAUGAUAAAGACAUCACUGCUGAACUUUCUUCUCCUGUGAAAGGACAGUCUGACGUUUUACUUUCUACCACCAGCAAAGAAAUAAUUUCAUCUAAAACUUUAGAUACUUCCAUUGAUGGCAUAGAAAGUCCAGGAGAUUUAAAUACUAUAGUGAAGCAGAGACAGAAUGUUGGAACACCUGAAAGUUUCUCUCCAGGAGAUUUUAGAACUGAUAUGAAUGUUGUUCAUCAAAACAAGCAGUUAGAGAGCUGCAAUGGUGAAAAGCCUCCAUGUCUGGAGAUUCUAACAAACGGGUUUGCAGUAUUGGAAACUGUAAAUCCUCAGGGAACAGAUGAUCUGGACACCGAAGCCGAUUCAAAAGGACGAAAGCCUCUUAGCACUCAUAGUACUGACUAUAACUUAGACUGUGCACCUAGUCCUGCUGAGGAAUUUGCAGAUUUUGCUACAUUUUCCAAAAAGGAAAGGAUACAACUAGAAGAUACAGGAUGUGCAGUUUUAAAUGAUAGAGAAGCAUUAACCAUUCAGGAAAAUAAUAAAAUUAAUAGAGUCAGUGAACUGAGUUCUGUAAAAGCACUGUCUUUGGGUAGAAGCUUUGACGAUAAAGGAGACAUUGAUGGAGAGGAUCAGGUUUGUGUUUCAGAAAUAAGCAUAAUGAGUACCAGAGGUUUCAGUACUGAAAAACAAGGCCUUCCAACAUUGCAACAGGAUGAAUUUUUAAAAUCAGUUCAAUCAAAGCCUUGGAGUUUGGCAGACUCAGCUGAUAAUUCAGAAGCCAGUAUGAGAGAAUGUAAAACUGAGGAAAAACUUGAUUUGUUUACUUCUAAGUGUGCUGACCUAUGCAUGGAUUCUAUUAAAACUUCUGAUGCUGAUGAUGAAGUUGGUUCUUCCAAAGAAGAAAGUAAAAAGUUUACCGAUUCCCAAAGCCCCAGCAUUGAUCCUACAGAAGAAAAUGUUCUGGAUGAUUCUUUAAGUGUAAAAAAUGGUGACAGUAGUAAUGACUUUGUGACUUGCAAUGAUACUAACGAGGAUGAUUUUGGUGACUUCGGCACAGCCAGUGGCACAACUCCACCUUUUGUUACUGGUACCCAAGAUUCAAUGAGCGAUAUCACUUUCGAAGAGUCCUCAGAGCACUUUCCACAUUUUAGUGAACCAGGUGAUGACUUUGGAGAAUUUGGGGAUACAAAUGCUGUUUCUUGCCAAGAUGAAAUUCUAUUUACUGAGUCCGACCUAAAACAGACUUCUGAUAGUUUAUCAGAGGAAUGUAAGUUGGUGGGAAAGUCUUCUGGGACAGGCACUGAUACUGUUUCAAAACUGGAAAUUGAGCAAGAAGGUGAAUUUGGAGAUUUUGAUUCUGUGCCAAAUAUUCGAGAGGACCGCAGUGCUUUUCAAGACUCUGAUGAUUUUGCGGACUUCAGUUCAGCUGGGCCUAGCCAAGUUGUAGAUUGGAAUGCCUUUGAGGAUGGACAGAAAGAUAGUUGCUCUUGGGCUACUUUUGGAGACCAGCAGGCUGCUGAAUCUCACCAUCGAAAGGAAGCCUGGCAGUCACAUAGGACAGAUGAAAAGAUUGAUACUCCAGGAACCCCCAAAAUGCACAAUGUCCCUUUAGCAACUUCCAAAGGAGCAGUUGCUGGUGGCCAUUUACAGGAAACAGCCACUUCAGUUCAGACAGCUUUACUAAACCGCCUGGAGCGAAUUUUCGAAGCAUGUUUUCCUUCAAUAUUUAUCCCUGAUACUGAAGAAGAAGUUACUUCCCUGAAGCACUUGCUGGAAACAAGCACCUUCCCAAUAAAAACAAGAGAGGCCUUAGCUGAAAGUGGGGAACUGCUGGAUGUGUGGACCGAGCUACAGGACAUCCACGAUGCACAUGGCUUGAGAUAUCAGUGGGGUGGCUCCCAUAGCAACAAGAAGCUUUUGUGCUCCUUGGGAAUAGACACCCGAAACAUUCUCUUCACGGGUAACAAGAAGCAGCCUGUUAUAGUGCCCAUGUAUGCAGCAGGAUUGGGUAUGUUAGAACCCACCAAGGAACCAUUGAAACCACUAUCUGCUGCAGAAAAAAUCGCUUCCAUUGGUCAGACAAACACCAUGUCACCAGAAAUGAACACAUGUACAUCUGACCAAUUUCAGGAGUCUCUACCACCCGUCCAGUUUGACUGGAGUAGCAGUGGCCUUACUAACCCUUUAGAUGCUAGUGGAGGUUCCACUCUUCUGAACCUUGAUUUCUUUGGGCCCGUGGAUGACAGUAGCUCUAGCAGCAGCACCACAAUCCCAGGUGUGGAUCCAGAGUUGUAUGAGUUAACAACUUCUAAGCUGGAAAUCUCCACCUCAAGCCUCAGAGUGACUGAUGCAUUUGCAAGACUCAUGUCCACAGUAGAGAAGACAAGCACAUCUACCAGGAAACCGAAAAGAGAAGAGCACCUAAGUGAAGAAGCCAUCAAGGUGAUCGCUAGCCUUCCUGACUUAACGUUCAUGCAUGCCAAGGUGUUGAUGUUCCCAGCCACGUUAACACCUUCCACAAGGUCCCAAGAGAAAGCAGACUGAUAACCGAUGUGAAUUGGACACUUUCAAUUGCUUUUCCUUUCCUCCAGCCCUUCCCUACUAUCAAAAGCAUACCUGCUCUAAUUAAAAAAAAAAAAAAAAAUUCAGCUGAUUUGUUGGUAAGCCGCACUAGAAAGGUAUACAUAGUAAUGUAUAUUUAUUUACAUACUGAAGUCCUAAAUUUAUAUUAGAAAAAAUGUAAAUAAUCGGGGGUGAACAUUUUUGAAGAUUUAUUCUUUUUGUGUUGCUGGGGUGUAUACAUUUAUGUCUUUGUGAAAUACACUGGUGGUGUCCUUCUUACAAAACUUUUGAAAUAAAAAAAAAUUAAAAACUCAAAUCUCCACUGUCUGUGAAAUCCCCUUCAGUCUUUUCAGAUUGCAUUGAAUGUUCUAUUAAUUUUUCAUAUCAUAUGUUGAAUUACUUUUGCUAUCAUAAAUAAGCUCCAAAGUGUCCAUUUAAUUUUUUUUUUUUUUUCCAAUUUUACGUGUGGUGGGUUUGUUUCAGAUCUGGCUUUUUUUAACAUUUUUGUGCUUUUUUUUUUUUUUUUUUUUUUUUUUAAUCUUUUCAAUCUGGCAUAUUGCUAUUUGACCUUUUGCGAGGUACUUAAUUGACUGCUGUUUUGUUGUAGGGUAUGGAUCAUUGUCAGAACUUGAUUGGAGGGGUUUAAAGAGAUUGUGUCUGUUUUAAAUCAGUUUGGUUGGAGAAGGACCAAAUUAUAUGAAUGUCUUACAAUGAAAUUUACUUGUUUUAAUGAUUUUGUUUUAUCGUACCACUAUUUUUUGAGGAUUUUGCACAGUGUAAAAUGACAUAAUCAUAGAUUGCUAUGGUUUAGGCUGUAUAUACAGUAAAAACUAUGGGUUUUAAAUGUUUGGGGAAAUUCCUAUGGAAAAAAGAAAGACAUGUAGAGGAACCUCUAACAAGGUGAAUGUGCAUGCCCAGGUCUUUUGAGAUUUCAGUGUGUAAAUUUCCUUUUAGCUUACACAAAAAUAAAAUAAUUUAAAAGAAA